AUGUUCUCUACGCAGGCUCUGGGCGCCCCGCUCCGGCGUACGCUGGUCACGGCUCGUGGGUGGCCGACCACGCGCUUGAGAACACUUCAUGCUACAAGGAUCAUUCGUGCCGACACCAUCAAGGUUCCCGGCAUGGCGGAUUCGAUCACAGAGGGCACUCUCAAAACGUGGUCAAAGCAAGUUGGCGAGACCGUCAAUGCCGAUGAGGAGGUGGCGAUGAUAGAGACAGACAAGAUGAAUGUCUCCGUGAACGUGCCCAGAGCAGGCAAGAUCGUCGAGAUACUUGUUGGCGAGGAGGACACAGUGCGUGUUGGCCAAGACCUUUUCCGAAUUGAAUAUGGCGAGGUGGCCAGCGAGCCGGAGAAGGAGCAAAUGGAGUCUACCAAAGUCGAUCAGCCAACCCCGCUACCUACCCAAUUGUCCACAGCGCCCGGGGUUACCGCAGUACGUGAGGACGCAGGUGAUAAGACGAAUGGUCCCAAGCAGUCAUCCGAGUCAACUACCAAGUCGGAGGAAGAGACCAAACACGCUGCUCUCGGGAGGAGCAAUCGCAACGAGACUCGUGUGAAGAUGAGCGGCGUGAGGUUGCGGAUCGCGGAACGCAUGAAGGAGUCUCACGACACAACCGCGUUCCUGACUACCUUCCAAGAGAUCGACAUGAGUAACCUCAUGAGUAUGCGCGACGCGUACAAAGAUACGAUCCUCAAGGAACACAACGUUGACCUUGGCUUCAUGCCUGCCUUCGCCCGUGCGGUAUGCCUCGCCGUGAAGGCCAUGCCUGUCGCGAAUGCCUCCAUCGAGGGCGAUGAGGUUGUAUACCGCGACUACGUUGAUCUCUCUGUGACGGUAGCCUCGCCCAAGGGUCUCGUCACGCCAACCAUCCGCAACGCGGAGUCGAUGUCCUUCAUUGAGUUCGAGAAGGCUCUCAGCGCAGCCGGCAGGAAGGCACGCCACAGCCAACUUACACUGGAAGACUUGACCGGGGGAAGCUUCACCAUCGCCAACGGCGGCGUCUCCGACUCGUUAUUUGGUCAAGCAAUGAUCAACAUGCCUCAGAGCGCCGUGCUCGGUUUGCAUGCCAUCAAGGAGAAGCCUACUGCUGUGAAUGGUCAAAUCGUCGUUAGGCCCAUCAUGGUUGUCUCGCUCACGUACGACCAUCGGCUACUCGACGGCCGUGAGGGUACGACCUUUCUUGUACGUGUGAAAGAGUAUAUCGAGGAUCCUCGCAGGAUGAUUUUAGCAUGA